AGACACUGUGGCGAUCGAGCGCGAGGAUUUUGAUUCUGUCGACUCUGUCUGUGUUGCCCCUUCUUAUUGAGAAUCCUUCUAUGUUCUGUUGAUACUUCACGACAUCGGUCUGGUUCGAAACGAUGCAGUUCAAAUCCAUCGCUCUGGCGCUCGCCCUCGCAGCGCAAGAUGCGUACGCCGUAUCUAGCAGCGGCCUCAUGGCCAGACAAUUCGCCCAGGCUGCGAUGAUGAGGUUCCAGUGCUCGCAGCUCGUCUACGAUCGUAUUGAUCCGUUGGUGGAGCCAGGACACACGCCUUCUGCUCAUUUGCAUCAGAUCGUUGGAGGAAACUCUUUCAACGCGAGCAUGAAGGCGGUCGAAUAUGACCCGGCUACCAAGGCUACAUGCACGACUUGCGACUACUCUGAGGACUUCAGUAACUACUGGACCGCGAACUUGUACUUCAAAGCCCGCAACGGAUCCUUCAAGCGCGUUCCCCAGAUGGUCAACUUGGGCCUACAAGGCCGCGAGGGCGUGACAGUGUACUACAUCCCUCCAUACGAUGGCAAGACCAAGGUCACCGCUUUCCCCAAGGGUUUCCGCAUGCUCGUCGGCGACGCUGGUCUCCGCACGAAGACAGGCCAACAGAAACAGCUCUGCCACCGCUGCUUCAGCAACAAAAAACAAGAUCCCUUCGGCGGCGCACCCUGCACAGGAGACGACACCUUCGACCUCCCCAAGAAGCAGUGUGGCGGCGGCAUCCGCACCACCAUCACGUUCCCCACAUGCUGGGACGGCAAAAACGUCGACAGCCCCAACCACAAAGAACACGUCGCCUACCCCUCAAGCGGUUCCUUCGAAUCCACCGGACCAUGCCCGUCCACGCAUCCCGUCAGACUGCCUCAACUCAUGUACGAAGUAAUGUGGGACACCACGCCCUUCAACGACAAGUCCAUCUGGCCGGCCGACGGCUCCCAACCCUUCGUCUACUCCAUGGGCGACGGCACGGGGUACGGUCAACAUGGUGAUUACCUCUUCGGAUGGAAAGACGGCGUCCUGCAGAAAGCCCUCGACGCCCGCUGCAGCGGCAACGCGUGCAAGACGCUGAAGACGCAGGCUGCAAGCGUGUCGACCAAGUGCGCGGUGCAGCAGGCUGUUAGGGAGGAUGUGGGGAGCGAGGGAUGGCUGAAGGAACUUCCGGGCGGUAAUACGGUUACGUACUCUUGAGAGAGAGUCAAUAUGGAGUUGGGUAAU